UCUCUCCUAGCCUGGACAUGGAACUGCCGGCGCCUGCCGAAGUUCAAAUGAGCCAGACCAUCCAGUCUGCGCACGCCAACUCCCGCGGCGAGCUGAGCGCCGGGCAGUUGCUCAAGUGGAUCGACACUGCAGCCUGCCUGGCGGCUGAAAAACACGCUGGGGUUUCCUGUGUGACAGCCUCAGUGGAUGACAUACAGUUUGAGGAGAUUGCUAGAGUUGGACAAGUUAUAACCAUCAAAGCAAAAGUUACUAGAGCAUUCAGCACAAGCAUGGAGAUCAGUAUCAAGGUCAAAGUACAGGACAUGUUCACUGGCAUCGAGAAACUUGUUAGUGUGGCUUUCUCUACAUUUGUAGCCAAACCAGUUGGAAAAGAAAAGGUUCAAUUAAAACCAGUCACACUUUUGACUGAACAAGAUCAUGUGGAGCAUAACAUGGCUUCUGAGAGAAGGAAAGUUCGAUUACAACAUGAGCAUAACUUUAACAACUUAAUGAAGGAAAGUAGCAAGUUUGAUGAUCCCAAAUGUGAUGAAGAAGAAGGAACGGUUUCCACGGGGGGCACCUCUGUUCAGAGCAUUGAACUAGUCCUCCCACCUCAUGCAAAUCAUCAUGGAAAUACAUUUGGUGGCCAGAUUAUGGCUUGGAUGGAGACAGUGGCUACUAUUUCUGCAAGCCGCCUCUGCUGGGGACAUGUCAUUCUGAAGUCUGUGGACAUGUUUAAGUUCCGGGGACCAUCUACAGUUGGAGAUCGUCUUGUCUUCAAUGCCAUUGUCAACAAUACAUUUCAGACCUGUGUUGAAGUUGGAGUGCGCGUGGAGGCCUUUAACUGUCAUGAAUGGUCUGAAGGCCGUGGCAGGCACAUCAAUAGUGCUUUUCUUAUUUAUAAUGCCAUUGAUGACAAGGAAGAGCUCAUCACGUUUCCCAGAAUCAAGCCCAUCUCAAAGGAUGAUUUUAGACGGUAUCGUGGAGCAAUUGCACGCAGGAGAAUUCGCCUAGCGAGAAAAUAUGUUAUUUCCCACAAAGAAGAGAUUCCACUUUGCGUGCAUUGGGAUGUAAACAACCAGGUAUCCUUGAGUAAUGACAAUGUGGAAGCUCUCAGAAAGCUAGCAGCCAAAAGUGGUUGGGAGGUUACCAGUGCUGUGGAAAAGAUAAAAAUAUAUACUCUGGAGGAGUACAAUGUUUUAUCUGUUUGGGUUGAAAAACAUGUGGAAAGACCAGCACACUUUGCAUAUCAUCUCUUGUCUGACUUUACAAAAAGACCUUUAUGGGACUCCCAUUACGUGUAA